UUUCCAUCUCAUUCUCACCUACGCCUAUAUAGCUAGAAGAUACUCUCCAUCCGAUAAGCCCUCCCCCGCUGUCCUGAUCAGCAAAUUCAUUUAAUUUGCUUUUGCUUGAUCCACUCACUGUUGGUGUGUAUAUAUAGCUCCGAUCCGAUCGAUCGGGGGGUGUUGGUGCUUGAUUCAUACUGUGUAAGAGCAGUAAAGAUGGCAUCUGCUAACAUGGUUGGUGCAAUAGUACUAUUGAUGGAGAUCAUAGCACUAGUGAGUGGGGUGAGAUUCCAGCUGGGCGCCAAUGGGCUGAGCAUGGAGUACUACAUGAUGAGUUGCCCAUUUGCUGAGCCAAUCGUCAAGAACACUGUCAACGCCGCCUUGCAAUCUGAUCCCACGCUUGCAGCUGGUCUUGUUAGAAUGCAUUUCCACGAUUGCUUCAUUCAGGGUUGCGAUGCAUCAAUUCUGAUUGAUUCUACAAAGGGGAACACAGCCGAAAAGGACUCUCCAGCAAAUCUGAGCUUGCGGGGCUACAAGAUUAUUGACGACGCCAAAGAGCAGUUGGAAGAGCAAUGCCCUGGGGUUGUCUCUUGUGCUGACAUUCUGGCUAUGGCUGCCAGGGAUGCUGUUUUCUUUGCUGGGGGUCCGGUAUACGACAUACCCAAAGGAAGAAAGGAUGGGAGGAGGUCUAAGAUAGAAGACACCUUCAACUUACCUUCGCCCUUUUUGAACAGCUCUGAACUCGUCAGGAUGUUUGGACAACAUGGAUUUACUGCACAAGAGAUGGUGGCUUUAUCCGGGGCUCACACACUGGGAGUGACACACUGCGCUUCGUUCAAAAACCGUCUCAAGAACUUCGACUCCACUCACGACGUGGAUCCAACUCUGGAUUCCGGCUUCGCCUCGGCGCUGUCGAAAACCUGCAGCGCCGGCGACAACGCCGAACAGCCUUUCGACAGCAGCCGCAACAGCUUCGACAACGACUACUACAACGCGCUGCAAAGAAAGUCGGGAGUGCUGGUGUCCGACCAGACACUGUACAGCAGCCCCCAAACGAGAAGCUUCGUGAACGCCUACGCCAUGAACCAGGCCAUGUUCUUCUUCCACUUCCAGCAGGCUAUGCUCAAAAUGAGCUUGCUCGACGUCAAGCAAGCCUCCCAAGGAGAAGUCAGGCAAACCUGUCGUGUCAUCAACACCUAAUUAAUCAUUAAUCAAUAAAUUAUGUAUUCAUAAAUUCUCUCUCUCUCUCUCUCUCUCUCUAUAUAUAUAUAUAUAUUUAUAUGGCUUCUGCUGCUGUAGAUUAAUGCCUAUUGAUUAUAUAUAGACAUGAUGUUUUCUAGCUA